UUGCAAAUCGUAUUGUAAGGAAUAAGGUUCAUACGCCAUCACAGAGAAAAUGUCGAAGCGGCAUCGAAUCGACGUUGGUGAUUAUGCGUCGAAAAGGGGAAGGGAUGAUGAUUACAGAAAAGACAGAGACCGAGAUCGUGACAGAGACCGUGGUAAAGAUGAAAAAUCAUCCUCAGCAGCCUCAACAACAGUGCCUGCAGCAGCCAGUGUUAGUACCCCUAAUAUGAUGCCAGGAGUUGGUGUUAAUAUGAACCUUAACCCUUUCACAGGUUUACCACACACACCUAAAUAUUAUGAGCUCCUUAGAAAAAGAGUAACUUUGCCAGUGUGGGAGUACAAGAGUAGUUUCCUAGAAUCACUUACCAACAAUCAGACCACAGUGUUGGUAGGUGAAACAGGAUCUGGAAAAACUACACAGAUUCCCCAGUGGUGUUUGGAGUGGGUCAGGGUGAAGCACCAGGGUAAGAAGGGUGUGGCCUGCACACAGCCAAGGAGGGUGGCAGCCAUGUCAGUAGCCCAGAGAGUGUCAGAAGAAAUGGAUGUUGGUCUGGGACAGCAAGUGGGUUAUAGCAUCCGUUUUGAGGACUGCACAUCAUCAAACACAUUGUUGAAAUACAUGACUGAUGGUAUGUUGCUACGAGAAGCCAUGUCAGACCCUUUAUUAGAAGGCUAUGGUGUUAUUAUACUUGAUGAAGCUCAUGAACGUACAUUGGCCACAGACAUCCUAAUGGGUCUGCUGAAGGAGGUAGCCAAGCAGAGGGCAGACUUAAAAGUCCUGAUCAUGAGUGCUACACUGGAUGCUGGAAAAUUUCAGGAUUAUUUCAACCAUGCACCCCUUAUGAGUGUCCCAGGAAGGACAUUCCCUGUAGAGAUUUUUUACACACCUGAGCCAGAAAGAGACUACUUGGAGGCUGCAAUACGUACAGUCAUACAGAUUCACAUGUGUGAAGAGAAAGAGGGAGAUAUCCUGUUGUUCUUAACUGGUCAGGAGGAAAUUGAAGAAGCCUGUAAGAGAAUUGCUCGAGAGGUGGAAAACUUGGGCCCAGACGUUGGCGAGAUGAAGUGCAUUCCGCUUUACUCAACACUUCCUCCCAACCUGCAGCAGAGGAUCUUUGAACCUGCUCCCCCCAAGAGACCCAAUGGUGCAAUUGGCAGGAAAUGUGUGGUUUCAACCAACAUUGCUGAGACAUCCCUUACUAUUGAUGGGGUUGUGUUUGUGAUUGACCCAGGAUUUGCAAAACAAAAGGUGUAUAAUCCCAGAAUCCGUGUGGAGUCCCUGUUAGUGACAGCCAUCAGUAAGGCAAGUGCACAGCAGAGGGCUGGGCGUGCAGGAAGGACAAAGCCUGGAAAAUGUUUUAGGUUGUACACAGAAAAAGCAUACAAGUCAGAAAUGCAGGAGAACACUUACCCUGAGAUCCUUCGUUCCAACUUGGGAUCUGUGGUGUUACAGCUCAAGAAACUGGGAAUUGAUGACUUGGUGCACUUUGAUUUUAUGGACCCUCCAGCUCCAGAGACUUUGAUGAGAGCACUUGAGCUGCUGAACUACCUUGCUGCCAUAGAUGAUGAUGGGGAGCUGACAGAAUUAGGAUCCAUGAUGGCAGAGUUUCCUCUGGACCCUCAGUUGGCAAAGAUGGUGAUUGCCAGCUGUGACUUCACCUGCUCCAAUGAAAUUUUGUCCAUCACUGCCAUGUUAUCAGUCCCACAGUGUUUCGUCCGCCCUACGGAGGUGAGGAAGGCUGCAGAUGAGGCCAAGAUGCGCUUUGCCCACAUAGAUGGUGAUCAUCUGACUCUGCUCAAUGUGUACCAUGCCUUCAAGCAAAAUCAUGAGGAUCCACAGUGGUGUUAUGACAACUUCAUCAACUACCGCUCACUGAAGAGUGCUGACAAUGUGCGUCAGCAGCUGGCUAGGAUCAUGGACCGUUUCAGCCUCAAACGAACCAGUACUGAUUUUACCAGCAGGGACUACUAUGUCAAUAUUAGGAAAGCACUUGUGUCUGGCUUCUUUAUGCAGGUUGCCCACCUUGAAAGAACUGGUCACUAUUUGAGCUGCAAGGACAACCAGGUUGUCCAGCUUCACCCAUCUACCUGCCUUGAUCACAAGCCUGAAUGGGUGCUAUACAAUGAGUUUGUACUGACCACAAAGAACUACAUCAGAACAGUCACAGAUGUCAAACCUGAUUGGUUGAUUCAGAUUGCACCCCAGUACUACGAAAUGAGCAACUUCCCCCAAUGUGAAGCCAAGAGACAACUAGAACGUAUUAUCAUGCGUCUGGAGUCUAAGCAGUUCAACCAAGGAUAUAAUCAAGGAUACAACUGACUUUACAUCCUAUGUAGUCAAGAGUUUGUUCAACAGACAUGUACAUGUAAAUUCAUUCAAGAACUAAUCGUAAAACAAAGAAAUGGUUUUUGAGAUGAUAAAUCAAGCAUGGACAUUUUAUUCUGAAGUUUGGCAGAUGUAAUAUACGUAAAAUAUGUUCUCUACUGACAAUCUCACAGUAACACCACCUUUUAUUAAGAGUAAAGGUUGACAGUGAACAUUUCUGGAGAACAAUGAAGAGCAUUGUCAUUCAUAACAGAUCUUUCUAAAGACUUCUCUUUUUUGCCCUUAUAGUUUUAUUCCCCUAAAUUGUAAAAGUCAUGCUAGUAUGAGAUACAUGUUUGUUAAUUGUAUAGCUGAAAUGAAAAUUUGUUUUCAGCGAGAAGCAAAUGCUAAUGAUAAAAUGUCUUCAAUGUGGUUCAAUCAAUAUACAGUAUGUACUA